UUGAUUUCCAUCCUUCAACCUUCAAUAUUUUCUGAAGGCUCUGAAAAGCUCUGAAAGUGUUCCAGGACUAUGUGCCCAACUAAAUAUAAACUAAUUAAAUAAUAAUAACUCGUUUCGUUCACCUUGGCUAGUGAACGCACGGUGUACAUACCGCCAUGGCUGGACUGAACAACUACAACAAUCCCUACAUCAACCAACUGAACCAUCCAUACAAUCCAAAUGUUCCAUUCAAUCCUGUGAAUAUGAACAUGUAUGAUGAAGUACAGGAUCAAUGGGCAAAUGAUCCAGAGCGGCACAAUCUAAUGCACGCUGUGCCACAGCCUGCGAUUCCGAGAAACGCAUCGUUUAAUAAAAUCACUGAAGAAGAUGUUGUUGUUAAGAAGUAUGUGAGUACUGGCGUGCAGGUGGUUAGUUUAAUAGCAGAAAACUUGUUGUGCCAUCCAUUUGUAGUCCUCAGACGACAAUGUCAAGUGCAUUCAAAUGCAACCCGAUCACACAUAGUACCAAUCACAUUAGUACCCGUAAUCUGCCAUCUGCACCAACAUCAAAGCAUAACAACUCUAUGGAAAGGUCUGGGGUCAACCCUGCUCAUCAGAGGCAUGCAUAAAGGUGUCGAGGACCUGCUCUCUAAAGUUACACCAUGGCCCAAAGAAAUCAGUUGGUACAGCUCUUUAAAGCAGUUCUUUCAACAUUCUCUUCUUAAAUGUGUGACCAUAGCAAUAAUUACCCCGUUUUACUCCGCGUCACUGGUCGAAACCGUGCAGUCGGACAUCGCCAGUGAGAAACCCGGCUUAUUGGACAUCUUCCGCGAAGGUUUCAUGCGUCUAAUCACAUGGAACACCAGCCCAAAGGGACGAAUGUUACCCAUUUGGGCAUUGGUGUUACCCACGGUGACUCUAGGCAUCGCUAGAUACUUUCUGCAGAUUGUGGUUGAAGGCACCGCGUCUCGAAUCAUGCAUAUUCGAUACAGACACAAACAGGAGACGACAGGCGCGAUGCCAAGGAACUUACCGAGCACUGCAGCCGUGCAGGAGAUUGAAUUCCACGCGGCGCUUAUUGGUACUGUCGUCAGCGACGUCGUGUUUUAUCCAUUUGAGACUAUUUUACAUCGUUUACAUCUUCAGGGAACUAGAACAAUCGUGGAUAAUUUAGACACAGGUCGAUCUGUCUUACCAAUCCUGACGAAUUACUGCGGUCCAGUUGACUGUUACGAAGCCUGUCUGCGAAACGAAGGCGUUUUUGGUUUGUACAAAGGUUUCGGCGCGUUGGUACUUCAAUACGCGGCGCACAUCGCUGUUAUUCAUAUAACCCGCUUCGUUCUGACGGAAGUUACCAAUAUUCUGCAUAAAUCACCGAAAAAGGUGCCGCCAUCUUCGGAGAAUUCACCACCUGUUAUUACCAACGUGAGCGUGCCCGGACAAACGUACCUUCUGCCGUAAACCCGUCGCCAUCUGCAUUAAUUGGGGCAAGUAGUGACUUUUCUACAGCAAGUAAUGAUUUAUGAGAUAUUUAGAGUGUCAGGUGAGUGUCACGGUGACACACGAGUCAAAAAUGAUUAAGAAAUGAGAAUUACAGUGGAGUUAAGUUAUACAAAGUGAUUACGUACGAAUGGUUGAAACAUUUACAUUUGUUUUUGUUGAUUGUUGUUCCUAAGUUAAAUAAAUUAGCGACUGUA